CAGAUCCACAAUUGUAAGAUGAGCAGUUCUUAAGAAGCCAACUCUGAUUGUUCCAAAUGGCAGGCAAAGAAGAUGAUGGAUUUGAUUUGAUCAGGCCAACUUUGAUCCAGCAGUUGAGAACAAUCCUAGAUCAGUAUCCAGAUGAUGGACAAAUAUUGAAGGAGCUCAUCCAAAAUGCAGAGGAUGCACGUGCAAGUCAUGUAAAAUUCCUUCAUGACAAACACUGCUAUGGUACAGCAAAAUUAUGGAAGGGUCUAGCUAAAUUUCAGGGUCCGGCACUCUACGCGUAUAAUAACGCUCAGUUUUCAAAAGAUGACUGGAGGGGCAUACGGAUGUUGUGUGAUAGUAUAAAAGUCAAAGACCCGAUGAAAGUUGGCCGUUUUGGUCUUGGCUUUAAGUCUGUUUUUCAUAUGACAGAUCUUCCAAGUAUCGUAAGUGGUUCGCAGAUCGGAGUGAUUGAUCCGCACGAAGAGUACUUCAGCGACGAAAAUGGCAAAAGAACCGGGCACAGGUGGCGAUUGAAAGAAGAUCGAGACAUUAUAGACAGCAUACCAGACCAGUUUCAGCCAUAUAAAGGGAUACUCGAUUGUACAGAGGACACCUUCAAACAGGGAUCUUACAAUGGAACACUGUUUCGUUUCCCUUUAAGAACCAAACCAUCCAAGCUAUCGCAGACGUUAUACACCACCCAAAAGGUGCACACGUUAUUUGAAAGUUUUGAAGCAGAUGCUCAUUUGAUCCUUCUCUUUCUUCAGUAUCUGGAAUCCAUAGAGCUUUUUGGUCGAGAUGAAAAGGACAGUGACGCCAGAAAAAAUUUUCAAGUCCGAAUCACCGAUGAUACCCUUCAAUUGGUGCGAGAAAAGAGAAGUGAGUUUCGAAGCAAGAUCUCAUUAGGUGAACUAUUGCCAGAAGCUGUUAAAGUAACUUAUCCAAUCACAAUCGAGGCAAUUACUUUCUCUCAAGGCAUACAAAGUGCGUCAGAGCGACAUUCGUUUUUAGUUACCAACUACUUUUGCGGAGGAGAAAUCUCGUCAGAAUUUAAAGCCUUGGCUUUGGAUCAAGAUCUCAGCUAUCUGCCUUUAGUAGGCGUCGCCAUGGCGCUACCAGAACGCCCUAAGAAUAAAACACCAAACAUCAAAGGCCACGUGUUUUGUUUCUUACCACUACCAGUACAAAAGACGAGUUUGACAGGAUUGCCAGUGCACGUCAAUGGCUUCUUUGCCUUGAGUCAGAACAGGCGAUACAUCAAGACGCCUACAGCUGAACAGGAAGAUCUGGAUGAGAAGGAAGGCCAGCCCCUGACUGACAAGUCAUUGUUAUGGAACCAGUGUCUUCUGCAAGAGGCCAUCCCUAACGCUUAUGCGUCAAUGCUGCUGGAUGCCAUGGACAAGCAGAAAUACAAUGUGCAAAGCGAAGCCGUGUACAAAGCAUGGCCUGAUUCAGCCAAUGUCGACCAGAAAUGGAAAAGAGUGGAGAAACCCCUUUUUGAGUUGCUUCUUGACAAGAGCAUCAUUUAUACUCCGGCUCAAGGAGGAAAGUGGCUAAGGUUGCAAGACGUGAUCGUAGAAAGACUAACAGAAAGCGAUCCCAAGUUUCUUCUGGUGAACGUUUUCCUGGCAGCGAAUGAAAACGUCGCUUGUUUACCCGAACACGCUUUAAAAGCCAUUUGCUUGUACUCAACUUUGAAUGCAGUGAUAACACCCUCGUUGACGCGAAGAGUCCUCAAGAGUGCUCCCUUUAGCUACUCAAACAUAACGCGGUUAGAAAAGCUCCAGCUGCUGAAAUUUGUCCUUAAAGACGGUUGCGUUUCUGAGUUACUUGGAUUGGAGCUGUUACCUACAUCCAACGAGCUGUUCACGUCUUUUUCCAAAGCGAACGAGGCUGUUUACAUUUCUUCACCAGCACAUCCCCGUAAACUUUUACCGUGUUCACAACAAAAAUUCUUAGAUGAGAGCAUCGACCAAGAUUUGUCACGAAACCUGGAUGUAGUCGCAAAUGAAGGAUGCACUCAAUUACGACAUUUCACUAAAGAUGACGUUGCUGAACUUCUCCCGACGUCACUACCACCUGGUUGGUCAGAUGGACAAAGCGUUUUGUGGUAUCCUGGAGUCGGAAGCCAUCCUUCCAAAGACUGGCUUGGAAAUUUGUGGGCAUACCUGGGAAAGAACUUCUCCUCAGUAGACGAACUUUGCAUACUUCAAGGCUUGCCACUGCUUCCACUUGAUAUGUCGAAAGCUCCGAUUACCCUCGUGAGACUUAAUGUGCAAUCUGAUGUUGUCGUGAGAAGCCUUCAUGGUGAUUCUUUAAGCGACUCUAUUGUAGGAGCUUUGCAAGAACUUGGUGUUACAGUAAUGCAAGAGUAUCCAGAGUUCCUUACUCGGCACCCUGCCGUUUUGGGAACGUUUGUUCACCCGCCAUCAACUCUCAGCGUGUUGAAAGCCGUGACAGCUGUCCUUUCCUUAAAGCCUACUGCCAUCCAAACCAUAUCAGACAAUGGUAAACGAUAUUUCAGGAAGUUUUUAGCCAAAGCCUCUUCGCUCAGUCCAGACGUGAUAAAAGCCUUGAGUUGUUUUCCGCUAUUUGAGACUUUGUCCGGAGCAUUUGUUUCUAAGAGUGAUGGCCUUUGUGCUGCACCUGAUGAAGCAUUUCCAGUGAAGACCCUGAGGGACCUCAUCGACGUCAGAGAGAAUGACGCUAAGAGAUUAGCAGGUUUGUUUAACAUCAAAAUCUUGACAUGUUUUGAGGUUUUGCUUGAGGUGAUAUUUCCGGAUGUGGUAGAUCAGCGUUACUCUACAGAAGAAAUAGACAGACUCAUGGAAUUCGUGAUGGAUCGAUAUCACGUUUACACCGCAAAGGACGCGAGUUUUCACCAUCAGUUAAAAGACCUUCCCUUCGUCCCAACCAAAACUGAUAGAGUAAGACCUAAGGAGGUAUUUGAUCCAAGAAAAGAAUUCCUAAAAAGAAUUUUUGUGGACGAAGAUGUGUUUCCCGUUGGAAAGUACAAUCACCCUACAAUUCUGGUAAUUUUAGAAGACCUUGGCAUGAAAGGCGAAGACGAAGUCACCGGGCAGAAUGUGUACGAAAGCGCAAAAGCAGUAAAUAACAUUGUUGACGUUUCUACAGCAGAAUUUAAGUCAUCAGCGAUCAUGUCAUUCUUAACUAGCAAUCCGACAAAACUUGAAGAGACCGUCUCUGGAACGAAAAGAUUACGGAAGCUAGGGAUGUAUCUUAAAAGUAUUCCAUGGGUCUCUGUGAUCAGGCAAAAACCCGAUGGCUUUCCCGCAAGUCUUCCGUUCUGGGGAGAAACGCACACAGACCCUUAUUUCCUUAAGCCUUCAGAUGUCAAGUACAAACAAGGAGCAAACAUCAUUGGAUCGGUAAAACCACUUGUCAAAGCUGAUCCAUUUAGCCAAUUAACCCGUUUCUUUUCAUGGAACGCAGAUCCACCUGUUUUGGAUGUCGUGCAGCACUUGCAGAAUGUAAUACGUUACUACAGCCCACAAGACAAGCCCCAUUAUAUAGUUGUCGCCCAGGAAAUGUACACCUUUUUCAGUCGUGCAGAUCAUAAUGAAGUACUUGCUGCUUUGGAGAAUGUCAAGAACCUCCCGUGGAUUUGGAACGGAGACGGAUUUUCGUUGCCUAGAUAGCUGCUAUCUCAGAAACCUCCGAUU